GCUACUCUGCCCUAAUGGACCCCAGAGCCGUACAGACACCUCUUCCUCCGGCGGCGGACGCCGGCGACGAGCCACGGGAUACGCGCGUCGUGAAGGAGAUCCUGCACUCGCUGGGGCUCAAGGAAGGGGAUUACGAGCCGGCAGUGGUGCAGCAGUUCCUGAUACUCGCCUACCGCUACGCCGGCGGCGUGCUCGUCGACGCGCUGGCCUACGCAGAUCACGCCGGAAGGGGCGCGUCGCUCGAUGCGGACGACGUCCGUUUGGCCAUUCUCUCCAACGCCACCUUCUUCCCCCAGCUGCCCAGUCGCGAGGUACGCUGAUCUGUUCCUUCCUCGCGAGGAUUUUCUCUGCUGUUUCUUGAUUGCAAUCACGUAAGCUCUCGACGGGGUUGUGGUUGGUUAGAUCCUGCGCAUGCAUUCUCCCUUCCCCGUUCAAGUUUUCUUGGACUUUUAUCGAUCAUCUGAGGCUUUAGCAUUGGAAAAAAUUCAGUGUUUUUGACUUCUGCAUCUUCUCAUGUAUAAAUAAUACGCAACAAACUUAAUUUGUAAGAGGAGAAACUGAAUAUGCAUACAAAAAGAGGGGAAAAGUAUCUAGCAGAUACUCAAUAUGCUUUGUACUCGUUUUGUUUAUUAUACUCAAAAUAUACGCCCCUGUGCUGCCUCUGAAAG